AUGGCAGACGCCUCCAAGAUCCAGUACGUGUCCCUCCCGUCUCCCUACCCCGGCGCUAUGACUCACUCCCCUGGUCAAGCUUAUCUCCGUUCCAUUCCUGCUUUACUGGUCGCGCUAAACACGAGAUACAAUCUGCUGACUUGGCUCUGUAACAGGGAGCUACUCAACAAGCCGAGGAACGAAUUGACCGAAUAUGAAGUCUCACUCCUCGAAGCGCAUGAACUAUCGACAGGGCCCCUCUCCAUCCUUAUGACCGCCACACGCACACACACACAAGUCUUGAUUUCAUGUCGGAACAAUCGUAAGCUACUAGCGAGAGUAAAAGCCUUUGACCGCCACUGCAACAUGGUGCUAGAGAAUGUCAAGGAAAUGUGGACCGAGAAAGGCAAAGGCAAUGCAAAGGGCGUCAACAAGGAUAGAUUCAUCAGCAAGAUGUUCCUCCGGGGUGACAGUGUUAUCCUGGUCUUGUUGAGUUGA